AUGACGUCCACCAUUGGAAUCCCGAUCAAGCUGCUCAACGAGGCCACCGGCCACCAAGUCACCGUCGAAAUCACCUCCGGCCAGACAUACCGCGGAAAACUCAUCGAAGCGGAGGACAACAUGAACGUACAACUAGAGAACAUCAACGUCACCCAGCGCGACGGCCGCGUCACACAUCUGGACCGUGUCUACAUUCGAGGUUCGCACGUACGGCUGUUCAUUGUGCCGGAUAUGCUGAGAAAUGCGCCAAUGUUCAGGUCGAAGGGUGUUCGUGGCAGAGGUGUUGGAUUGGCGCGAGGAAGGGCUACGGUGAAUCGCGCGCGUGGGUCGGGAGGUCCUCGUGGAGCGAGGGGUGCUUGA